UGUUGCAGACGGACAUAAUUUUAUUCUAGAGAGAGAAAGCGAGGUCAGAGAGAGAGAGAGAGAGAGAGAGAGAGUGAGGAGUAUUUCAGAAGCUCACUGCUUCGCUGAUUUUGAGGCACGAAAUAGAGAGGGGAGAGAGAGAGAGAGAGAGAGAGAGAGAGAGAGAGAGAGAGGAGUGGAAAACAAGUUUCACACACAGAUAGAAACAUCGAUUGUCAAAAACUUCAUAUAUUUACUACAUUUGGGCCUUCUUCUUCCAUCGGAGCCAUCAUCUCGCUGAAAUUUCCAGAGCUACAGAGAGAAAGAACCCAGGCGGGUUUUUCCUCCUUUUAACUCAUCGUUCAUCUCAGUUACUCUUUUUCCUUGAAUCCAUUGCUGGGUUCUUCGAGUUUAAUCCGUUUAUUCUAUUAAUUUUUUUCUGGGUUUUGCGGAUUGAGCUAAAAGAUUCAAGCUUUUUGUUUUUCUUGGGGGAUUAAUCGCCUUCUAAUGCAUGUUUGAUCGGAUUAAAAGGGUUUUUUCUAUCUGGGUUUUCUCUGUUGCAAUUAAUUAAGUUGAUUUUAAUUAUUUGUUGGUAAUGCAUUAAUGAUUUUUCAGGGAUUCAACCCCCUUUUCUCCCUACAUUGAGUUUUUACCAAGAAAGUCAUUUUUUCCUCUGCCUUGGAUUUGAUUAGAUAUUUCUCUGUCAUUCCAGACGCCCUUAAAUGCUCUCUAAUAAUCUACCCAAUAAAGAAAAGGAAAAUAAAAAUCUUUAUAUUAUUCAUUUGGGUGAGCCAAAACCACCACCGAAAUAUAUCUUUCAACUGAAAGGCAUCAAGUUCUUUGUAAAAGGGGGCUUUUGGUUUUCCAAAAGGGGGAAAUUUGAGAGAAUGCUGAGGAAGAGAAGCAGGUCCGUUCAGAAGGAUCAGCACCAAAUGGGUCAUCUGCCAAUUUCUGAUGCUGCUGCUGGGUCUGAUGUUUUAGGGCACAACCCUAAGAGCAACUCUUUUUUCAGUGUUCCUGGUCUGUUUGUGGGGUUGAGUCAUAAGGGUUUAUCAGAUUAUGAUGCAGUUAGGAGCCCAACUUCUCCUCUGGAUUUUAGGGUCUUUUCCAAUCUAGGUUACCCCUUUAGGUCCCCAAGGUCCAACCAUGAUGGGGGGCAGCAGAGGAGCUGGGGUAGCAGUAAAGUAGGAUUAAGCAUCAUAGAUUCUAUUGAUGAUGUGAAAAUUUUCGGGAAAGUUCCUCAGUCAUCUGAGAGUAAGAACAUUCUUUUUGGACCCGGAAUGAGGAUUAAUAAAAUCCCAGAGCCUCAGUCCAAUGCCAAGUGUUUUGAUUAUUCACCGAAAUCUCUGCCUAAGAACUAUGCAAUUUCCCCUCAUUCCAAAAUCAAAUCUCCUUUACAGAAGGGUAGUUCUGAUGUUCUUUUCGAAAUCGGAGAAGCCCCAUCAGAACCUGAGUCGUUCGGGAAAAUCCGGUCCUGUUCAUUAGAUUCUGGUAGAGCAUUUUCGACCCUAUCAGGAUUGAGCAACCUUAACCCCAACUCCACUUCUGGAGAUUUUUGCCCGGAAAAUUUAACCACCCAUCAAUUUAUUGGAGGAAGCCCCAAUUUAGCCACCCAAAUGAAAACUGGAUCCAUCGAGUCUAGCAAUGGGUUUGUCGGGUCUCUUUCAGCAAGUGAGAUUGAGCUUUCUGAGGAUUAUACUUGUGUAAUCUCCCAUGGUGCCAAUCCCAAAAAAACUCACAUCUUUGGUGACUGCAUUUUGGAAUGUCACUCUGAGGAUGUGAACAAUUUUGGUAAGAAUGUGGAAGAGGAAAUUGUAUUUGCCCACCCGGGUUCGAGCUUGGAGAAUUUUGGUCACUACCCUUCAGACAAUUUCCUGAGCUUCUGUUACUAUUGUAACAAGAAAUUGGAAGAGGGCAAAGAUAUAUACAUAUACAGGGGUGAGAAAGCAUUUUGCAGUUUGAGUUGCCGGUCGGAGGAAAUUUUGAUUGAUGAGGAGUUGGAAAAAUGCAACCACCAGUCUUCUGGGAAACCUCUUGAGUCGGAUGAGGAACUUUUUGAAACUGGCUUGCUUGCCGAUAAAUAAGAGAUGCCUCUCAUCCUCAGCCACAAUGCCUGUGAUUGACGAGCCUCUCGCAGACGCAGCUGAUCAUCCGUUUAGAAAGAGCUGUUUAUGGGCGUCGCCCGGCAGCCAUGGAUGAUCGUUUUGUAAAUUCACUCGUUUGCUAAUCGUGUUUUCAGCUUUCACGGUCUUGGUGGAUGAUAGGAUUCAAAAUUAACUAGUUUUGCUUUCCAUAAAAUGAGACAUUUGAUGUAUGCCAUCAAAGUACUAUAUUUCCUUGUAAUUCAAGUAAAAGGGCGAUAGCCGCCUUUUUUGGCUCCCCAUUUUUACUACUUCAGCCUUUAGUCUCUCUUGCGGCCAGAGUUGCUGUGUAAUCUUGAACCAGUUUUUGACUGAAUAUAUAAAAAGUAGUACUAUUACAUACAA